UGUAAUCAGACUCGGAUCGGGCUGAUCCUGAAACCCGAGUCUCUACCGCAAGUCAUACCAGUAACCAGCCCGUAGUGGAUGAAUCACUAGCUGGAUGGUUUAAGGAAAGCUGUAACUUCAGGGAAUGCGUAACGGCAACUUCGUUUUACCUGGAAGCGCGAGCAUGGCCUGUUAUUUGUGUGACAUUAACGUUAGAUAAGGGAGUGCACCUUGCGUCCCGGAGCAUGGCGGUGAUGUAUACUGCUUUACAGCAUCUAGUUUAAUCCGGUGAGCUAACGCUCGGGGACAAUAUGGAUUUACCUCGUCGUUUUCCGGACCCCGUUCUCAACCCGAUAUCCCACGGUAUGAAUGAAACGUCUGCGACCGGCUCCAUGGCAACCAGCGCGUUGAGAAACGAUCUGGGCUCCAACAUUCAUGUGUUAAAGACGCUAAAUCUCCGCUUCCGCUGUUUCCUUUCUAAAGUCCACGAACUAGAGCGCAGAAAUAAGUUAUUAGAGAUCCAGCUGCAGCACGCACAGGAGAAGUCACAAUACAGACUGCUGUUUUCCCGGGAGCAAGCGGUCCAGACGAACCUCGAGUUGCCUUUUGCCGACAAACUGUGUCAGUCUAGACUGCCCGGUCGGAUCUGGAGUGUCUCACACACCGCCAGAUACGGAGGACGGUUCGAGACCCUUCAACGGCCUGGAGUGUCUUUGGUUUAUCCAGAAAGUGUCGGGGUUCAGGUCGACACCAUCACACCUGAGCUCAGGGCCUUGUAUAAUGUUUUGGCCAAAGUCAAGCGAGAGAGAGACGAGUACAGGAGAAAAUGGGAGGAGGAGGCGUCCAAACGUCAGCAAAUGGAGGUCUUGGUGGAGACCUUACAGGAGAAUGUUCAGUCAUCUGAAGAUGUGCAGGGAGAGCUGAAUGAGAAGAUGGAACGCCUUAAAUCAGAGCUGGUGGUCUUCAAGAGCCUCAUGCCUAAUGAUGCCGUGUCUGACUUGGACUCUAAAAUCCAGGAGAAAGCCAUGAAGGUUGACAUGGACAUCUGUAGACGCAUCGACAUCACAGCCAAGCUCUGUGACGUAGCACAGCAGAGGAACUCUGAGGACGUGACCAAGAUAUUACACAGCAGCCCUUCCAGAGCUCCUCCAGAGCAGAAGGGGGUGGUGGUAUGCAGGAAGAAAGAGAGUAAGGGUGUGCCGGAAGAGCAUGUGGAGACAGAGGUGGAAUCAGGUCCAUCUGAGGAGGAGAUGCCUGGAUCUCUCAACAUCACUGAUGAGAUGAAACGCAUGCUCAACCAGCUGCGGGAAACGUUUGAGUUUGACGACGACUGUGACAGUCUGGCGUGGGAAGAGACGGAAGACACUCUUUUGCUGUGGGAGGAUUUCAGGAACUACCACAGUCUGAACUUGACCACCGCCCCUAACACCACUGCUGCUACUGGCUCGGUUACCACGGUGACCUGCUCCUCUGACUCCCAUCGAGAAACCCACGAGCAGGAUGGAAGUCUUGGCAGUCUAAUAGAUAAAACCGAAUCACUCUUUAGAACCAGAGAGCAGGAGUAUCAGGACACCAUAGGAGAGAUUGAAUUGGAACUGGCCACGGCCAAGAAUGACAUGAACAGGCAUCUGCACGAGUACAUGGAGAUGUGCAGUAUGAAGAGGGGGUUGGAUGUGCAGAUGGAGACCUGUCGGAGGCUUAUCCAGAGCUCUGCCACCCCCGGCAGACAAUCUCCCUCGGUCAGCUCUGUGGCCAGCAGUGAUUCUGGAAACACGGAUGAUAUUCAGGAUGAGCUGGAGCACGAUGGAGCGAGAGAUGGAGAAAAGGAAGGGCCGGUGGAGGUGAACGGAGACAUUAGUUGAUGAUCGGCAUUCUCUGUGGACCAGGCACUCUUUUAGGUCUCUGGUCUCUGGUUUUUACAGAAUUUGGAUGAGUGUCAAUUUUUCCAAAGAGCAAGUAUUGGUGCUUUAUAUGCUGUCUUAGAGCGGGACCAGCCGAACUGCAGCUGUUCUCUCCUCAUCAGCACUGCCAAGGCAUGCCGCCACAGUCUUCCUCACUAGCUUUAUUUACAACUACAAGUCACAAUCUUCUUAACAGUCCUAUGAAUAUCAAGAUACAUUUGCAAAUAUUGUACAUUAACGUGCAUAGUUUCUGUAAUCAUGCUCACUUGUUUACAUGAAUCAAGGCAGGUUGUCUUUAAAUGAAAGACAGAAAUCAACAGCUCUUCUUCCUUAUAAAAUAACAUAUAUUCAAGAAUUCGACUUUCUGUUUGAAGUCGAUGUAAAAUCCGUUUUGAAACUUUGUUUAACCCAAUCUGACAUAUUUUAACUCAUAUUUAAUGAUAAGAAAACUGGAGCAGGACUUGCAUUGUUAACAUGAAUGCAAGUUUUGUAAACCUAAGCCUACAUAGCUUUUAUGCUGUUUGGUAACUUUAUCCACUAUACCGUGAAGCCUAAGUUAUAUAAUGAAAGAUAAGUCACUUUAUAGUAAGUGCAUGUUGUUAUAUUUUUAAUAAGGAGUACAAAGUUUAAAAAUUGUGUUUAGAAUAACAUGCACUUAUGGAACAUUAAUAAGGUCAGUUUUGAUUUCCUGUUGACUUUAAAUGACAGUUUUAAAGACACUAUGGAGGAAUGUGUUACUCUAUAACAAGCUCUGGAAUAAGUUUAAGUUUUACUGUCACCGUAGAUCAGCCGUACAUUAGGCUUUCUAAAAAUAUCUGUUCACAUGUUUUAACAAUGUUCAACUUUUGCUCAAAACCACUGUGCACUGAGAACUAUGCAAUAAUUUAACCUGUGCUAACUUCAUGUUCAGUUAUUCUCUUUACUGGAAAAUGUUUUAGUAUCCAUGAGUGCAGUUUUUCACCAUAUUUCUUUUUUAUUGGGCAAGUGUUUGGAGAAUAGAUUUCAAAGCAACAGUCAAACCCAUGUGCCUAUAAUAUGCUGUAUACUGUAUCUCAGUCGCCUUAUUAUCUGUUCUCUUAAACAUUUGAAUAUAUGUUUUGUUUUAUUAUAAACCAUGGGAAUUAGACAGGAGCCCUUAAUCACAGCUAUCAAACGCAUUUCAUUUAUGAGUAAAAUGGUGUGAAAUUAGAUCUGUUUUGAAGAUCUCAAGAUCUGGAAGCCAUACCCAUAUCUGUCCUCAGGUUUUGGCAAAUUUGCUACUGAAUAUUUUGCUUUCUGCAUAUAGGUCAUUCUGAAGAAGCAGCACCAUUUGUGCUAGAAAUUGAAAGAAAAAUGCUGAAUAUAACCACUGUUGUGGUGUGCUCGAUCAAUAUGUGAUUUAAAUUCUGUUACCCCUUAUCAUCGAGUAUUAAAUCCCAGUCCAAAUCCCAGUUUAUUGAUAUAUCUACGGUAACUACACAAUUCGAUAGUACCACUCAGGUUUGGUGUGCCUUAAAAAUAUUGUAACUACAUUAAAAUAUGUUAUCAUAACAAAAUAAAAUUCAUGAUGUUUCUCUUUAAAUGUUUUGUCAACCCGGUUACAUUAGAAAUGUUUAUAUGGUACAGGCUUGAAGAUCACUGCACCGCAAUCCCAUCAUUUACAAUCAGUACAUAUUUGUAUCCUGUGCCUAGAAUAAUAUUUAUUCCUGUUAGAAAUUUGAUCUCUAUUUCACACAAAUUUCAUGUCAAAAAGAUCAAUAGGUUUUUAAUGAGGGGAUUGUCACAGGAUUGCAAAGGAAAUGAAAAAGCAUGUGGCAAAAAAUAUAACUAUAAAGAAAGUGAAGAGACAGGAUGAAAAUUCAAAAAUGGCUCCUAAGAAUGUCCUCUCCACUUUCUUACCCCCCAAAUAUGUUUUUGGCUUUUUGUAUUCGACAGUUGUGUUUGAGUGUAUAAUGAAUGGCAUUGGUUUAAUUUUUUUAUUAACUUUUAUUCAUUUAAUCACAUGUAAUUAUUGAUUAUGGGAGGAAAACUAUCUAGGUAAUCUAGAGAUUUGCAGUUAUUCCUUUUUUAAUCAUUGAAUUGAAUCAUUCUGAGUUAUAUUUUGUGUGCGAAUGUCUGGAAAUCUGAAGGACUAUGCAAGUCUUGUUUUAUGCUGGUUUUAAAUAAAAAAACACUUUGCCUAA